AUGGCCUCACGCUCCUCAUCCCCGUAUGUCGUACCUGCAGAAGAAGAUCCGUCUACUCACGCAGGCCGCAAUUCUUCCCAACCUCAACAACAAACACGAGUUCUAACGAAAAACACGCUGUCGCAAGCUCAGAAAGCCACGCGUUCCCUUCGCCAGAUUUCCGACCAUGCAAAGGCUGAGGAGCUGGCAAAAGCUCUUGAUGUUCUCCUUUCCCGCCACCGCACCGAGCUGGAAGAUUUCGCAAAAGCGCACAACACGAAACUGGAGUACAUCCAGAAACUCACCUCUCAGUCAAGCCACUACAAGCAAAAACGAGCCGUCACGAUUCAGAACGCAAAGUUACAUGCAAAAUCCCUGGAGGUCAACGGAGAUCUUGAACUCGGGGAUAGGAUCAAGGUGAAGGAACUUCGUCAACUAGUACAUGAUGACCCUACCUACCAGAACCUUACCGCAGAGGAGGAAGAACGGAUGAAGCAGGAUGUCUUGGAGCUUCGUGAGCAGAGGAAAACCGGCGCUCGUCCAACAAACAAGUCAGCAGCCCAAGACUACCGUGCGCAGAUGACGCAGAUGAACAAUGAGAUAAGUGCACUGUCUGACAGAACAGGAGCUGCAGUCGUCGCUUUCUUUAGCCGCUCCAACCUUGAAGACACGUUUGAGCCGAACUGGAUUUGCUCUCCCAAUGCCGCAAACUUCUCUCAAGAGGCAAUGAGCUACGGGAUGUGGGACAUUGCCCGGCUGUUGGAGCAGUGGGCAUGUGCAAAGGCGAAAGGUAGCCGCACCGUCGACACACUCUCGACGAUGCAGAAGGAAUGCAGCGCGAUCAUCAACGGCACUCUCAAAACGGUUUCGCAAUCACGACAGGCCCUCAUGAACUACGCCAACUACGAUACGAAGGUCGUUGAACGAUACCAGACCAAGCUCAUGGGCUGGACCUACCGUGAAUUCAAGAGCCCGUUCGACAUCCACACCAUCGACGAUGUUCGCACAUUACUGGAGGCACUUCAAUGCGGUAGGUGCUGUUGGGUAAGGAUGACCAGAAGCGACAUAAAUCACCACAAAGAUGACGUUAGCAAGAGAAUCGCAGCGGGUGAAAAGGUGGGGAAGGCAAGGCAGCCGAGGUCGGACAAAGGUGUCAAGAGGCCGCGGAAGAAAGCACCAGGGACAGGGGAAGGCGAGGACGAUGGGGCCCCACCAGCGAAGAAGCAGAAGAGGGGGAAAGCCGUGCCCGAGACGCGCGCUACGACAACCAAGAAAGCGCCCAAGAAAUCCAAGAAAUCCCAGCUGCCCCCCACCCGUCCCACCAGCAACGAGUUUGUUGAGAGCGAUGCUGAUGUUGAUAGUGCCUAG